UCAGGCCUCGCGCGCGGGGCGGCCCCGGGGCGCGGCGGCCGCGGCCUCUCGAGAAGUUUCCUGGGGGCAAGAUGGCGGCGGCGCCUCCUCCCGCGCCUCAGCCCCCUGUGGCGCCGCGGUUCUCGGACGGCGACAUCGACCGCGACCCGGCGGCAGCGGCGCGGGAGCUGACAAGAGCUUUGGAAAAGAAUCCAGAUGAUGCUGAGUGUUAUUGUCAGCGGGCUUACGCUCAUAUUCUUCUGCAGAAUUACGCUGAUGCAGUUGCAGAUGCAAAGAAGUCCCUAGAACUCAACCCCAGUAAUGCUGUAGCACUUCUUAGGAAAGGGUUAGGAGAAUAUCACAUCAAAAACUACGCUUCUGCUUUAGAGUCGUUCAAAGAGGGACAGAGGCUGGACAACGUAGAUGAUACCUUUACUAUUUGGAUCAAAAGAUGUGAGGAAACACUAAACGGCUCACAGACAGAAAUGAUACAACUUCCCAAUGCAAUGUGUUCCAACCAGAAUACACAACAGCAACCUCUGUCAUCAAAGAUCAAGUAUGACUGGUACCAAACAGAAUCUCAAGUCAUCGUGACUAUAAUGAUCAAGAAUGCGCAGAAGGAUGACGUCCGUGUGCAGUUCUCAGAGAAAGAGAUGAGUGCAUCGGUGAGACUUCCAUCAGGUGAAGACUACAACUUAAAGCUUGUUCUUCUUCAUUCUAUAGUGCCAGAGCAAAGUACAUUUAAAGUGCUUUCAACAAAGGUUGAAAUAAAAAUGAAGAAGCCAGAAGCUGUAAGAUGGGAGAAGCUAGAGGGACAGGGAGAUUCUCCGAAGUUAAAGCAAUUUACACCAGACACCCAGCACUUAUAUCCAUCCUCCUCUCACUACACAAGGAACUGGGACAAACUGGUAGUUGAAAUCAAAGAAGAGGAGAAGAACGAGAAGUUAGAAGGAGAUGCUGCUUUAAAUAAACUCUUUCAGCAAAUCUAUUCAGAUGGUACAGAUGAAGUGAAACGUGCCAUGAACAAAUCAUUUAUGGAGUCUGGAGGCACGGUUCUGAGCACCAACUGGUCAGAUGUUGGUAAAAGGAAGGUAGAAGUAAAUCCUCCUGAUGACAUGGAAUGGAAAAAAUUCUAAUCCUGUUUUUAAUCUCUUACCAUCUCUGUGUUGCCAUAAGUCAUGUACUGACCACUGUGUAUGGACAUAGCGUUCUUGGAUUCAAAGCACUGAAUGCUCCCCUGGAAACAGGAAUUGUCUUUACAUUUUGCGUGCUUUAGAAAUUCCUUCACCUGCAGAUGUUAAAGGUGUAGUCACGAGUGGAACCUCUCUUUUCAUCAUCUUUGUCUAAAUUUUGGAGAUUGAGUCAAACAGUCUAAAUUUUCUACCACCUUUAUCAGCUCUGCUCUUUGGGGAAUGGGUGAUCUCUGGGCUGUUCAGGUUCAUUGCCUUAUGCCCGAUACUUCUGUUCCAUAACUUAUUAGAUCUUGGCAACUUUGGGUAAAAACACUUCUCAACAACAGUGUUACAAUUCUUCGCUCUUUAACUCUGCUAAAUAAAAUUGUAAAUAUAACUUUUUCUAUA